UGCUCCAACUGGUUCCCUGAAGCGGAUUCACAACUUUCUGCUCUACAGCAGAUUGCCUCACACUACAGUUAAAGCGAGGAGGAGCAGGAAGUGUGAGGAGUGUUUAUUUACUCAUGUAACACUCAGAAAGUAGGACUUUACACCUGUAGCGCUUUAUUUCUGUAGGAAUUUCCGUCUGUAGGACUUGUCUGUGGAUGUUUUUGUAGCAGCAGUACUAAAAGGACAGUCUGAGUUUGUCUGUUUCUCCGCAGUGAGUGAGGAUCCAAGAGCGGCAGAAUGACCACUCUGACGAAGAGGAGUCGCCGCACGGACGCACCCAUAUCCACAGAGAGCCGCGGUCAGGAGGAGGAGGAGGAGCAGAAGGGCAGAGCCUCUGAUGAAGAGGAGGAUGGAGACUCUAAAGCACUGAGACUGACUCUGAUGGAGGAAAUACUGCUGCUGGGACUGAAGGAUAAAGAGGGUUACACGUCGUUCUGGAAUGACUGUAUCUCCUCAGGCUUGAGGGGCGCGAUGCUGGUGGAGCUCGCUCUGAGGGGAAGAAUACAACUCCAACCCCAGAGCAUGAGGAGGAAGAAGCUAUCAGAGCGCAGGGUCAUGCUGAAAUCAGACGCUCCUACAGGUGACGUCCUGCUGGAUGAGACGCUGAAGCACAUUAAGAACACUGAGCCUGCGGAGACGGUCGCCAGCUGGAUCGACCUGCUCACCGGUGAGACCUGGAACCCUCUCAAGAUGUAUUUCCAGCUGCCGCAGGUCCGAGAGCGUUUGGCGAAGAGCCUGGUGGAGAAGGGCGUUCUGACCACAGGGAAGCAGAACUUUGUACUGUUCGACAUGACAACACACCCACUGGUCAACAACAAAGAGAAGGAGCGUCUGCUUCAGAGGCUGCAGGCCAGUCUUCUGGAUCGGUGGACGAAUGACCCCCACCGCCUGCCCCGCCGGACCCUGGCCCUGCUGGUGCUGGCCCACGGCUCCGAUGUCCUCGAAAGAUCGCUCACGUCGCUUCCUGAUGACCGCUAUGAAAUCGCCAGCUGCCGGGCCAAAGACAUGCUGGAGGGGGACAUCGAACAGCAGAGCGCAAAGGUCACGACCCCUGCUGAGGAGGUCAUCUGGGCUGUGUUGGCCGCCUUAAACAGAGCCUGAAAUGAAGAAAACAUCCACAGCGCCCCCUACUGACAGACUGAAAUGAACAUUAUUUAUAACGCACAUUUAAAACAUCAGAGGUUGUUAUGACAGAUCUAAGAUUGAUUAAGAAACAGAAGAAA